GGGUAGAUAACUUGCCCAGGAUCUUGCAACCAGUAAGUCAUGAAAUCAGAUUUCGCAUCCAGGCAGCUUAUCUUCAGAACCCCAAUUCUUAACCCCUUUGAUAAUAUCUAAAGAGCCUAACAAGGUGCAUGGUACCUUGUGAGUGCUUAAAAUUGGUGACGGUCUUCACCGUUGUCCUCAUUGUCAUUGCUGUUUUUUCCAGAACCCAGUUUUGAGAAUGCCCAGCAUCCUGACCCCUCCUUAAUAGGAGUCCCUACCUGAAGCGUGGGAAUCAGCCAUGCCCAUCUGCCCUACAGGCAGGUUAAGGGGGCACCCGUUCUCUGCACUCGCUCUCCACAUCCUGGUCUCUGCCUGCCGACCACACAUUUCCCUUCCCGUGUCCUAUUGUCACCCCUACUCCCUGCCCCUGUCUUGGUACUGCUGACUCUCUGCUCUGUGGGCUGGGACCUUGGACCCAUUUCAUCUGCACAUCCUGUCGGCCAUCCCUUUGAAGUGUCCUGCCGUCUCUGUGCAGCUGGCUUGCUCCAAGCACCAUCGUUCCGUGUCUGGAUUGCUUGCACAGCUUCGCUCCAGCCCCCUGCAAUCCAUCCUGCUCAUGGUGCCUGGAAAAUCAUCCUUCAGUCUGACUGUGUGCCAGCCACAUAGUGGGUGUUCAGUGUGGUUGCUGGUUGGUUGAAUAAAUGAAGUGGAUUGAGUAGAGAAGACGCAGGCAGAGCUCAAGACAGCAGCAAAUGAUGCCCAGAAUUAACCACCUCCAUGAAGUGGCUGGGGACCGAUGAGGACUCCCUCAUUGAGAUCAUCUGCUCAAGGACAAACCAGGAGCUGCAGGAAAUCAACAGAGUCUACAAGGAAAUGUACAAGACCGAUCUGGAGAAGGAUAUCAUUUCCGACACAUCUGGUGACUUCCGCAAGCUGAUGAUUGCCCUCGUGAAGGGUCAAAGAGCAGAGGAUGGCUAUGUCAUUGAUUAUGAACUGAUUGACCAAGAUGCCCGGGAUCUCCGUGUUGCUGGCAUGAAGAGGAGAGGAACUGAUGUUCCCAAGUGGAUCAGCAUCCUGACCAAGCGGAGUGUGUGCCACCUCCAGAAAGUAUUUGAAAGGUACAAGAGCUACAGCCCUUAUGACAUGCUGGAGAGCAUCAAGAAGGAGGUCAGAGGAGGCCUGGAAAAUGCCUUCCUGAACCGAGUCCAGUGCAUUCAGAACAAGCCCCUGUAUUUUGCUGACAGACUGUACGACUCCAUGAAGGGCAGGGGCACUCGCGAUAAGGUCCUGAUUAGAAUCAUGACCUCCCACAGUGAAGUGGACAUGUUGAAAAUUAGAUCCGAAUUCAAGAAAAAGUAUGGCAAGUCCCUGUACUAUUACAUUCAGCAAGACACCAAAGGCAACUACCAGAAAGCGCUGCUGUACCUGUGUGGUAGGGAUGACUGAAGCCCGCGAUGGCCCAAGGGUCCAGGAUGGCUGCUCUGCGCUCCCAGCUAACAGUUCUACACAGUCGGCUUGUGGCUAACAGUCCCCUUGUGCCCAUCCCUGGGAGGAUGACGUUAGCACUGCCCAUCCCACCCGCUCCAUCCUUAGUUUAGUUGCCUAAGCAUUACCUGGCUUUCCAAUCUAGUCUCUCUUUAUAGUCAAAGAAAUGAACAUUCCCAGGAGUUGGAAGUGAAAUCUAUGAUGUGAAACACUUUGCCUUCUGAGUACUGUGUUGUAAACAGAUGAAUAAACUGAAUUUUUACUUUAGGGAAAAAAAAAAUAAAGGUAAUAAAAAAGAGUUCACCUUCAUCGGGCAGGGGACGGUGGCACCCCUUAAUUGCAUUACCUCAGGGAUUUGCCAUUUUCCUUCUCUCUGUUGUAUUGUAGGGGCCCUGAUCACCUUAACAACCCACAGAACUUCAUGAGUGUCUAUUAUAUAGAUGACAUUAUGCUAACCGGCUCUGGUGAAGUAGCAAGGACCACACAUGGCACAUGCUUGCCAGAGGGUGAGAGAAAACCCCUAUGGAAGUCCAGGAGCCUGCCAUAUUG